GCCUGUCAAACCCAUUCCCUCGCGCAGCCGUCGUCAACACGGCAUAGGAAGUAGCUAGAAGUUGCUAUCCUGAUUGCUCCGGGCAAUAGCACGCUAAACGUUCAGAGUUAGAGUUUGUAUUGGUUUAGGUAAAACUUAUCGUUAUCGACAACUAAGGAACUAAAAGCACCGGGCUUCAGUUGUCAUGGAAUGAGAGGGAACGGUCGUUUUCAGGAGCAGCGUCCGUUGUUUACUGACUUCUAAGCUAGCAGGCUAACGACCUGCCGUUGUUUUGGUCGUAGACAGUUAGCUGGCAGAAAACAAGACCAACUACAUGACAGCGAAACCAGGUUGACCUGACCACGUUUCCUCAUUCCCUGCUGAAUUGCUCUGUCGGUAAAUGGCGAUGUGAAGGGAAGCAGCUUUCUCAGCCAGCGAGUCAGUCAGCUGCUGUGCCCCGCGGGGGGUCGUUAUCUGAACUCUGAGAUUGAUCAGCCAGAACCGUCGGUAAUUCAAGAUGCAUGACGCGUAUGAACCAGUGCCUAUUUUGGAGAAGCUUCCUCUUCAGAUCGACUGUCUUGCAGCCUGGGAGGACUGGCUGCUUGUGGGAACAAAGCCAGGUCAUCUCCUCCUGUACCAAAUAAAGAAGGAUCCAGGCUCCAACCGAUUUGAGGUGACAUUGGAAAAAUCCAAUAAGAACUUCUCAAAGAAGAUACAGCAGCUUUAUGUAGUGUCACAGUACAAAAUUCUUGUCAGUCUUCUGGAGAACAGCAUCCAUGUCCAUGACCUCCUAACCUUCCAGCAGAUUACUGUGGUGUCCAAAGCCAAAGGUGCCACACUCUUCGCAUGCGACCUGCAGAAAACCAGCUCAGGAGAGGAAAGGUUGAGAAUGUGUGUUGCAGUGAGAAAGAAACUCCAGCUAUAUUAUUGGAAGGACAGAGAGUUCCAUGAGCUGCAGGGGGAUUUUGGUGCACCAGAUAUUCCAAAGUCCAUGGCUUGGUGUGAAAACUCCAUAUGUGUUGGUUUCAAGCGAGACUAUUACCUUAUUCGAAUGGAUGGCCGUGGAACCAUCAAGGAGCUCUUCCCCACUGGGAAGCAGUUAGAACCUCUAGUUGCUCCACUGGCUGAUGGGAAGGUGGCUGUUGGUCAGGAUGACCUAACUGUAGUCCUAAAUGAAGAGGGCACUUGCACCCAGAAGUGUGCUCUGAACUGGACAGAUAUUCCUAUAGCAAUGGAGCACCAGCCUCCCUACAUAAUAGCUGUACUCCCCCGGUAUGUGGAGAUUCGGACCUUUGAGCCAAGACUGUUGGUGCAGAGUGUGGAGCUGCAGAGACCUCGCUUCAUUACCUCAGCAGGGCAAAAUAUUGUCUAUGUUGCCAGCAACCACUUUGUGUGGCGCCUGGUACCCGUGUCUAUAGCAAGCCAAAUCCGGCAGCUUCUUCAGGACAAGCAGUUUGAGUUGGCUCUUCAGCUGGCCAAGAUGAAGGACGAGGCAGAUGGCGAUAAAAAGCAGCAGAUACAUCACAUACAAAAUCUAUAUGCCUUCAAUCUGUAUUGUCAGAAGAGGUUUGAUGACUCCAUGCAGGUGUUUGCCAAACUUGGCACAGAUCCCACCCAUGUGAUCGGCCUGUACCCGGACCUGCUGCCGUCUGAUUACCGUAAACAGCUGCACUACCCCAACCCUCUGCCCACCCUGUCUGGGGCUGAGCUGGAGAAAGCUCACCUCGCUCUAAUUGAUUACCUCACCCAGAAACGCAGCCAUCUGGUGAAACAGCUCAAUGACUCUGACCCUUCCACAACUUCCCCGCUCAUGGAGGGCACGCCUACGAUCAAAAGCCGCAAAAAACUACUGCAGAUCAUUGAUACCACCCUGUUGAAGUGUUACCUACAUACCAACGUGGCCCUCGUGUCCCCGCUUCUUCGUCUGGAGAACAACCACUGCCACAUCGAGGAGAGCGAGUACGUCCUGAAGAAAGCCCACAAGUACAGUGAGCUCAUUAUUCUCUACGAGAAGAAGGGCCUGCACCAGAAAGCUCUGCAGGUGCUGCUGGACCAAUCCACUAAGGCCAACUCUCCUCUGAAGGGCCACGAGCGAACGGUGCAGUAUCUGCAAAGACUAGGUUUUGAAAAUCUGGGCAUAAUAUUUGAGUUUUCUCCCUGGGUGCUUAAGAUCUGCCCCGAUGAUGGUCUGAAGAUCUUUACUGAGGACCUGACAGAGGUGGAAACCUUGCCCCGUGACAAGGUGCUGAACUUCCUGAUGGAGGGCUUCAGGGACCUCGCCAUCCCAUACUUGGAGCACAUCAUUUACAUAUGGGAUGACAAGGGUCCGGCAUUUCACAAUGUGCUGAUCCAGCUCUACUUGGAAAAGGUUCAGACCCUCAUGAAGGAGUACCUCAGUUCACUGCCAGAAGGAGUUCCAGCUGUUGCUGCAGGGAAGGAGGACGGUAAACUGGGAGAGUUCAGGAACAAGCUUCUAUCUUUUCUGGACAUUUCUACCAGCUAUGAACCCGCCAGGCUCAUCAGUGACUUCCCCUUUGACGGUCUGCUGGAGGAGCGUGCGCUGCUUCUGGGUCGGAUGGGCAAGCACGAGCAGGCGCUGUUCAUCUAUGUGCACGUUCUGAAAGACACCCGCAUGGCAGAAGAAUACUGUCACAAGCAUUACAGCUCAGUUGAAGGAAAUAAAGACGUUUAUCUCUCUCUGCUGCGAAUGUACCUGUCACCCCCCGAUGCCCACUGCCUGGGGCCCAUCAAGAUGGAGCUACUGGAGCCUCAGGCCAACCUUCAGGCGGCCCUGCAGGUCCUGGAGCUGCACCACAGCAAACUCAACACCACCAAGGCCAUCAAUCUUCUCCCAGCAAAUACUCAGAUCCGCGAGAUCCGGGUCUUCCUGGAGAGUGUCCUGGAGGAAAAGGCUCAGAGAAAACGCUGCAACCAGGUGUUGAAGAGUCUUCUGCAGGCGGAGUUUCUCAGGGUGCAGGAGGAGCGGAUCUUCCAUCAGCAGGUCAAAUGUGUGAUCACAGAGGAAAAGAUCUGCAGAGUCUGCAAGAAGAAAAUUGGAAACAGCGCGUUUGCCAGGUAUCCCAACGGUGUGGUGGUGCAUUACUUCUGCUGCAAAGACCGCAACUUGUGCCCCACUGAGCAGUAACCGCCCGUCCUUUCUACCACUGGUUAUGAAUAAAUAAUUCCCAGUCUCCAUCCUGGCGGGUUCUAGUGCUCGGUUGAGUGUCGGCGGCCCUUGUAUGCAAAAGCACCUUCCAGAACUACACGCGCAGACGUUUUUUUUUUUUUUUUUUUUUCUUCAACCUGAGUUGGCACCGUUGUUUUCUUCUGUGCAUGAAGUAGCGGAAGGAAUGUCUGUGUGGUUGAGCAGCACCGGAGGACGGACAUAAACCAAGAGAAAGUGAGACGUAGACUCUGACAUUUGGAAAGCAUGUGUCGCUGUAACGCUAGAAGGGACUCGCUGGCCGACACGUCGCCUCAGAAGAAAACGGGCAGUAUUGACGGACGCCCGGAGGAAGAUGAUUACAACCCUUUUAUUUUCCUGCUUUUGUCUGACUUCCCUCCUGUGACACUGUGUAAGCCUGAACACAGCUCGAUAUGCCAUAAACACUCUACUGGAGUACUGUUAAAUGCCUUCUGUGACUCCGACGAUUGUACCUACAGUGAAGUCCUGUCUGUCAUAAAUUGUUUAUUAGCAUGUGCUGGCGAAGCUAAACAGUGUUUGUGAUGUAUAAGAAUGAUUUUCAACCUGUUCCUUUCUGUAUUUGCACGUGAACGGUUGCUAUCAGAUGUCACCCACUCUUCAAUAACGCAUCCUCAUCCGCCUUUAUGCUCGUUUUUUGACUGUCUCCCAGUCACGCUCAUGAAGUGUCUAUGUAGCUUUUGAACAGCUACUAGAGAUGCAGUUAUUAGAUGAUCAAGCAAAUAAUUUUAGACUUUGAUAACUGAUUAAAACUGGCCUUGCUCCAUCCAAAGUGGUUGUUCAGUGAUGAAGAACGUUCUGGGCCUCAUGUUAGUAUUUUAUGUUGUUUCAGUGUUUCAGCAACACAGCAGUGUAUGUGUGUGUGUGCAGUUCCACAUUGGCAUUAAGCACAAUAAGCUACUAGUCAGAGCAGAGCGAGAAAAGCCACCUUUUCUUUAUUUCCAGACAGGAUUUGUGGUGUUCUUCUUCACGUGUUUCAUCGUUUCACUGUGACAGAUCAGUGGUGCAGCACUUUAAAGGUGAGGGUGCAUGAGCUUUGUGUUUAUUUAAGGAGGAAAUCAUGUACAUGAGCGGUACAGAGCAGCUGAGCAGCGUUGUCACUAUGAGUCUUCUCUCCUUUUGCGCUCGGUGACACGACUCAGUCCUGCAUCUCACUGUUUUCCUGCAACACGUCCACUGGCAAAACGUAGCAUCAUCGGCUUCUCCCGACGGCCUCCAUCCUUCCUGCUCCCGACUCCCUGCUGAGACUGUUUCAGACUUGAGUUUAAGCUGUGUAAAAUCAGGGAGUGUUGUGGGCAGUGAGCUAAAUAUGUGUGUCUGGCUUUUAGCACUAAUAAACAUUUGCACUGAU